AAACACACGAAGAUGGUUGAUACUUCUACCACUGGAAAAAGCAAGAACAAAACCAUUACUGAAGGAGACAUCGCCACGCUUUUACAGAGAUAUGAUGCAACGACGAUACUGAGAUUACUACAAGAAAUGUCCUUUUAUUCCGAUAUAAAGAUGGACUGGAACGAGCUUGUUAAGAAGUCAACCACUGGGAUCACCAGUGCUCGUGAGUAUCAGUUGCUGUGGCGACACCUUUCUUAUCGUGAUCCUCUUCUCCUCCUCCCUGUGGAACAUGAUGCUAUUGAUGAUGAUAGUGACAUGGAGUGUGAAUUGGAAGCUUCCCCACAAGUCAGUCUUGAAGCAUCAGUGGAGGCUAAGGCAUAUGUGAGGGUGAUGGCUGCUUAUUAUGUGCCAAGUGGGUGUGAAAACACAACAUCUGAGGCUCCGUUAACGAUAAACAUACCUUACAGUCGUCUCCCUGAGGGGAUUCAAGAACCAACAGAGACUCCAUGUGGGAAGAACAUCACUUUUCCUGUUCGUCUGCAGAAAGUGUCAUCUCCCGAGAUGGCUUCUCAGCAGAAGAGGAAAAGAUGGUCUGUUAAGGAGGAUGAGGAGCUGCUUGCCGCUCUGAAGCGUUGUGGUCAAGGCAACUGGACACGUAUCGCUCAAGGAGAGUUUAGUGGAAAGAGAACCGCUUCCCAACUCUCGCAGAGGUGGGUGUAUAUAAGACGAAGGUGUGGUGUUUCAACCUCUGCUAGCCAAUCUAGCCAACAACAAACUGAGACGCUAGCAGCUAACCAUGCGUUAUCUUUGGCUCUGGAUAACAGCCUCCCUUCAAAGAAAUUUUCAGUAGAUGUUUCGCCAGGGACUUCAUCUUGUACCAUCAAAGAAACGCAGGAGAAUAAGGGGAGUUCUUCUCAAGGUCAACAACAGUCCAAACCAAUUGUUCUAGCAUUGGCUCGGGCUUCAAAAUCUCGAGUUGGUGGUAGAAGAACAACAGCGAGGUCAACUUUCAGGUUGAGUUUAAUGGUAACAGCUAAUUCAGCUGCUGCUGCGGCAUGUAUGGGUGGCGUAUCACCUUUUGCAUCAGUCCCAAAGGUCGAACCUGGAAAAACUGAUGCUAUGCCAAACACUCAACCUUUAAAAGAGGCUUCUACUGCUUGUUUGCCUCGUCCUUCAGGUUCUCUUGUUGUGCCAAAGGUUGAACCCGGAAAGAGCUUUUCUGCUUCUCGUAUUACUAAAGCGGUUAGACCUGCGGAUACACGGCCUCUUACUAGUGGAAACCUGAAACUUGUGACGCCUUCAACAUCUUCUAUCAAACCUCGUUCUGAAGGAUCUACAAUGCUUCCUGCGUCUACGAGCUUGACUUCUGCAUUGAAGUUCGUCUCCAAUCAAAGAGUUCUUACCGCUUCUGUCCCAACAACUGUGUUACCACUAAAUCCAACUGUGGACACCGUCUCUUGCUAUGGUGGACAAAGAGAGCAAGCUACACAGGCUCAGUCUCCUUUGUCUACACAGGAGAUUGGUAGCAGGGGAAAGCAGGCUACACAGGCUCAGUCUCCUUUGUCUAGGACAAUACCAGUAGCUGACACUGCAGUUCUCGGUUCCACAAACCAAAAUUUGGUGGAUAGAACUGCAGUACCGUCUAUCAGUGGAGCUGGUUCACAAUAUAACGUAAAGUGUGAAGCAAACAAUAAGGUUGGUUCGAUGGUCAAAGUGAGUAAUGUGUGCGGAGAAUCUGCAGAGGUUGCAACUGUGGGAGGGACCGGACAAGGUGUUUAGUUCUUUGACAGAAACAUCUGAUGGUACUAACUAAUAUUAGAAAUACAUUAACUUGCAAUCUGGAGCUAACAUAAGCAAAGAUUGAUGAGGGUUGCUUCUUUUGUUUAUACAGAAAGUAAAGACAUCUGUAUAGGAUCUUACUCUAAUACCAUGAAAUAUAAUUGUAACUAGAUUUUACCUCGCGUUUGAAAGCAC